CUGUGUAUGUGAGAGAUGAGCAGCAGCAGAAAGCCGUCCGGACCGUGUGCAUGAGAAGUGAAGUCCUCAACCAUCCCAGUCCAGCUUGAACGUGCGUUCGAUGAUGGCCGCGGCUGUGGAGAGAGGAGGGGUCCGGGCCGCCUUCAUGAACCCGGGUGUCGGUGCACCCGCUCCCGCACCCGCUGCGCCCGGAGGAUCAGCCAUGGCCGGAGCUGUGGGUUCGGGCUCGGGUGCGGCGGGUUUGGGUCCCAUCAUGCCUGUGCCAAUGAAUUUGUUUGCAACGUGGGAGAUUGACCGCUCAUCUCCGAGCUGUGUUCCGAGGUUGUGCAGUCUGACGCUGAAGAAGCUGAUCGUUCUGAAAGAGCUGGACCGUGAACUCAGUUCUGUUAUUAUCGCUGUCAAGAUACAGGGGUCAAAACGCAUCCUGAGGUCGAAUGAGUACAUGCUCCCACCCAGCGGCCUGAUGGAAACAGACCUGGAGCUCACCUUUUCCCUGCAGUACCCACAUUUCCUGAAGAGAGAUGCCAACCGGCUGCAGAUCAUGCUUCAAAGGAGGAAACGCUAUAAAAACAGAACUAUUCUGGGCUACAAGACGCUGGCUGUUGGUGUUAUUAAUAUGGCUGAGGUGAUGCAGCACCCGACAGAUGGAGGCCAGAUUUUAGGUCUCCAUAGUAACGUGAAGGAAGCACAGGUGCGUGCAGCGGAACUGAGUGUUUAUUCACUGUCCAGCCAACCUAUUGACCCAGAAGACGGCAGCGGUCAGCCAGAGACAAAGGCCAAAGCUUCAGACCGUUCUCCAGAUAUGGAUAACUAUUCUGAAGAUGACGAUGAUAGUUACUCGUCAGAGCAAGAGGCGAGUGAUGACGCUGUUCAAGGCCAGGACCUUUAUGAUGAAGAUGAUGAUGUUCAGCGGAAACCAAAAAAAUCUCGGAGGAAAAUGAUUAGAACCACAUCAAUGACCCGACAACCCAAUUUCAAGCAGAAGUUUGUUGCCCUCCUGAAAAGAUUCAAAGUAUCAGAUGAGGUCUUAGACCCGGUUGAUCAGACGCAGGAGGUUGAAGAUUUGGAUCUUCUGUAUGACAGUCUGGAGGUUUAUAACCAGAGCGACAGUGGCCCAGAGAUGGAGGACAACGAGAGUCUUCUCAGCACUCCCAAACCCAAACUAAAGCCGUUCUUUGAGGGAAUGUCUCACUCCAGCUCACAGACGGAGAUCGGCAGUUUGCACAGUCAGAAGAGCCAGCCGAGAGAGCCCACCUCCACUGGUGGCGAUCUGUUAACAGUGGAUAAGAACAGGACAGCGGGUGCACGAUAUCCGGAUGACCUUACAGUGGUGGACUCUGCAGCUGGGGAGCUGGUGGAGGACGAGGCGGGCGGCGGCGUGGCAUCAUGUGAAGCCAGCAUGAGCUGGGACGUGAGUGCGGAGAAAUUAGCAGGAACGGUGGGCAAACUCUGCAAGGCUGAGUCGCAGACUCUCAUGUCACCUAGUAAAACAGACAGUAAGCUGCAGCGACGUCCGCGAAGCACAUCCAUGAAAGACAGACAGAACUCUAAAGCUCAGAGCGAUCGCACCAGCAGCAUCGAGAGCGAGACCUCGCCAGACUCCAGGCUCAUCACGCAGGUUUGUUAUUUGAAUGAGAUUCUUCAGGAGCACAAGCAGCCUAUUGUGUCCACUGUUUCCCCUGCAGAUGUUCAGGCCGCCUUCAACACCAUCGUCACCAGGAUUCAACGAUUCUGCAACUGUAAUGCACAAACACCACCCACCAUUAAAGUGGCAGUGGCGGGCGAUCAGAGUUACCUCAGCACGGUCCUUCGCUGCUUUGUGGAGCAGCUCGCCAACAAGACGCCCGAUUGGUUGAGCUACAUUCGGUUUCUAGUCAUUCCUGUCGGCUGUCAUCCACUGGCUAAGUAUAUCUCAACAUUUGACAGUAAGUUCAAUAACAUCUUCAUGGACGCCGGAUGGAGGGAUGUGUUCGGGAGGUUAGAAGCUCCUAAUUCAGAUAAUAUUGAUGUGGCCGGACGCGUCUCACAGUAUCUGGCUGGAGCCAGUCUCUCCCACCAGUUCCCUAUUUCUGAAGCAAUGCUCACCUAUAAACAAAAAAGGAAGAGAAGUUUGUAUUUUGAUUUUUACAUCAGCCCUGAUGAAGACUCCUGCCAGAAGUUUGUCCCAUUCGUUGGGUUGGUGAAAGUGGGAAUUGUGGAGCACAGCUUGUCUACAUCAGUGGACUCUGAUGACGCAGUGAUGGUGGGCAGUGUGAACAUGCUGAAUGUGCAAUUUGUUGGUUGUACUCUACUGCCACCCUGUGGUCACUUGUCUACUUUGUCCAUCGAUGGCGUAGAGUGGCACGACGUGAAGUUUUUCCAGCUGGCCGCGCAGUGGCCGACUCACGUGAAACACUUCCCUGUAGGAAUCUUUGGCUACAGCAAACCCAUGUGA